AUGUCAACCACUAAGCAAAGAGCUAGCGCUAAGAAGAGUGUGGAGAAGGAGGAACCGGUCACAGCCAUAAUUCAGGACUCACAGGAGCAGGAGGCGGAGAUUAAAGCACUCCGACGAGAGAAUACCAACUCGAAUGAGCAGGCCCAGACGACGCUCGAUGUGGGCGUGAUCACCAAUCUUUUGCUGACCGGCCUUCAAGCCUCUACAUCCAUAAUGAAUCCCGAACUUCGAAACUACCUCGCAAUAGCGCAAUUCCUCCUCCUUCCUCUCGCCAUCACCCCCGGCAAGAUCCCCUACCUCGGCUCCUCAGCGCCAUUCUACCCCUACGUCUUCCGAAUCCAGGUCGCUCUCGCCCUUACCGCUCUCAUCCACAUGUACUCCAUCAGCGAGCUUACUCUUGCGGCGGCAUUCAGAUGGUCUCUUCCUGCGAUCGUUGCAGGCGGAGUAUGGAUGCAGCGGAGGAGCGAGAAAGAGGCGGAGCUGAGAUUGGCGAGACUGGAAAAGUUGAAAUACAAUGUCAAGGGGGCGUAG